GCCCAAAGGACGCCUUUAUAAAAGCGCAACGCUAACGACCUGGAUCAUUUUAUAGAAGAGAACUGAAGAUUGUUUGUUAAGAUGUCUGGAAGAGGAAAGACUGGUGGCAAAGCACGCGCCAAGGCUAAAACUCGGUCUUCCCGAGCUGGUUUACAAUUCCCAGUCGGCCGUGUUCAUAGGCUCUUGAGGAAAGGCAAUUAUGCCGAGCGUGUUGGCGCUGGUGCUCCCGUUUACUUAGCUGCUGUCCUCGAAUAUCUGACCGCUGAAAUUCUUGAGUUGGCCGGAAAUGCUGCCCGUGACAACAAGAAAACCAGAAUCAUUCCUCGCCACUUGCAACUAGCAGUGCGUAACGAUGAAGAGCUCAAUAAAUUGCUGGGUGGUGUGACCAUCGCCCAGGGUGGUGUGCUGCCUAACAUUCAGGCUGUGCUUCUGCCCAAGAAGACCGAGAAACCAGCUAAGAGCAAGUAAGAUAUGUUCAUCAACACCAACGGCUCUUUUCAGAGCCACC